UCUACAUACGCCGGACUUUUGUUUUACCUACGAUCGCGAUUUUAAUGUUAGGAAUAUUCUUUGUUUAAAAAUUUCAAAGCAUUAAAGUGCUGUGUCAUUUUCGAUAUAACAGGCAAGAUAGCGGUUCACAUCAAGAUUGCAUAUCUUAGCGCACUUCAAGAUGGAUGAUAUAUGGAGAAUGACUUCCCAUAUGGAUUCUGUAAUAGGAUCCUACAAAACCCUAACAAAAAUCCCUUCUAUAGUUGGGGGAAGUUUGAACAAGGCUGGCAACAGGGUAAUGUCGCGAUGGGAUAUCCGUAACUUGGAUAAAGGAAAGCAUACACAAUACCUUAUGGAUUACAUCUUGGAUGAUAAUCUUGAAGUCGUUGCGCAGAGUUCAUUUGCAGUUGAUACUACUCAUGAAUUAUUGACAGCGGUGUCUCCUAAAGACACCUUCAAAGCAGUUAUAAGAGAGGAGAAAGACGACAAGGAUCCUACAAAGAAGAAGUUUUUCCUUGAAGUGUGGUCCAGUACUACUCUGAAACAUUCCAUAGAUCUAACUGCUUUGGACAUACACGGUGAUGUCUAUACAGAUGCUGAGUUCGGCAGCCUGGAUUGGUCGUCUGAUGAAACGAAAAUUGUAUAUAUUGCGGAGAAGAAAAUGAAGAAAUCCGAACCAUAUAUUAAGAGGAAGUCUGUUGACGAUAUCCUUACACAACCCAAUUGGAAGGCUGUGCCAGGUAAAGAACAUCUGUACAGAGACGACUGGGGCGAACAAUUGACUGGGAAGAUAGAGUCCGUAGUUGUUGUAUGCAAGCUCCCCGAAGAAGCGUUUACAGUACUGGACUUUGUGCCCGGAGGGCCCGGACAGGUACGGUUCUUAGCAGACGGAGAAAGCGUGGUAGGUGUGACAUGGGAGACAAAGUCUUUAGGACGCCUGGGACUAAUAUACUGCACUAAUCGGCCGUCGUUUGUCUUCUGUAUCAGCUUUACUGGGAUAUUUAAAAUAUUGAGCGGGGAGAACAAAGCGGUGCGUUCGCCACGCGUCGCUCCGAACGGAGAUUUGUACUGGUUGCAGAGGGAGGCGCACGGACCGCACCACACUUGCCACCAACUGGUCAGACUUGCUGCGGAGGAUUACAAAAACAUACUAGACUCUGAAGAGGAAGAAAUCGACGAGAAGUUAGUGCAAGUGGUAGUUGAUUCAGUGGAGACAGAAAAGGAAAUAUGUAACGGAUUAUUCUACGGCAUCUACUGUGGGAGUUUGCCAUCCAAGUGCUUCAGUUCGGACAGCAAGCGGCUGAUAUUCAGCACUCAACAGCAAAACGAAAUUAGGAGCUACGUUGUUGAUGUUGAAAGCCGAAGAAUACUGGAUAUAUCAAACAACCUUAAGACUCCAGGGUCCACCACUGUCCUAUGCGUACAGUCCGAUGUUAUCCUUGCUACCUUCUCCAGCUUAACCACACCGGGGCAGCUUUUUGUAUCAAAACUGUCCAGCCUCGAGAGAGAUUGUAAUAUAGAAUGGGUACGGGUAAGCACGCCUAGCGAAGUUCCGAGCUCAGUGGCUAACGCGAAAGUGGAGUACAUGGCCUUGAAGCAGGACACCGGGGCUAGAGUGUCGACGUUCACGGCUAUAUACUUUGGUCCGGACGAAGGGAAAGUGUACCCGCUAGUUGUGUGGCCCCACGGCGGACCACAUUCCGCUUUCUCGAAUUCCUACUCAUUGGAGGCUGCUUUGUUCAAUAUGAUUGGGUUCGCAUGCCUCUUGAUAAACUAUCGAGGUUCAACAGGUACGGGCGAUGCCUCAAUAUUCUACCUCCCAAGUCGCAUCGGCAGCGCUGACGUCGAAGACUGUAAACUCGCCACCAUAAAAGCUUUAGACCAAUUCCCUGUAGAUGACAAGAGACUUUUGUUGUACGGGGGCUCCCAUGGAGGUUUCUUGGUGUGUCACUUGAGUGGCGUGUACCCUGAUUUAUAUAGCGUGACAGUUACGAGGAAUCCUGUGACAGAUUUGGCGUCUAUGGCCAACACAAGUGACAUCGCUGAUUGGUGUGCCGUAGAAGCUGGUUGGCCCUUCUCAGAAGAAGGUCCGUUAAUAGAAGAUAAGCUAUUAUCAUUGCGAAGAAUUUCACCUAUCGUCCACGCACAGAAUGUUCUGAUCCCCACAGCUCUAAUGCUUGGUUUGAAGGACAAACGCGUUCCACACUACCAGGGUUUGGAAUAUGCGAGGAGAUUGAAGGCCAAUGGAGUUAAAGUCAUCGUAUACAUUUACGAUGACAACCACUCCCUAAGCAGUCUCCCGGUGGAAAUGGACAACCUACUGAACGGUGUGGAUUGGCUCAUCACGCACAUAAAACCCUAGCGCUGCAAAGAGCAGUGGGGGGCGUAUCUCAGGGAGUUCGCCUUACACCUGCUGCAAGAAUCUGUUGCCGACUAGCCGGAGCGCUAAAGUCGAGCUGAUUUCGUAUAAUUUAACUCAUUAUUUCUGAUAGAAGAUAAACUCAGAAAAAUACAGUAAAUGUUAAGCUUCUAUACUUUCUUGCUUGCACGCAAAAAGCAGGUGAAUCUGUACGGUGCAAUUUACAACAGAUCUUCCGAAAUGUACUCUUCUGGUGUGAGAUCCGGUUUAAAAAAUGUGUACCCUUAUAAUUGAUAGAUAAUUAACGCAUUGAGAUAUCGCGAAUAAGUUGCCUAGUGAAGUCUCGUGUGGAUAAUAUUAAUCAAUAUUUU